AUAACCUGUAAUCACUGCGGGACAUCGCCCAUCCGGGGGAUCCGGUUCAAAUGCGCGAACUGCGUGGAUUUCGACGUGUGCGAAGCAUGCGAGGCGCUGGAAGUUCAUCUCAAGACGCAUGUGUUUAUCAAAGUGAGAGUUCCUAUCCCGCCACUUAUGAAUGCGAGGAGCGCUAUGUUCCCUGUUAUGUAUCCAGGGCGGGAUUACACGAAUCAGCCGGCGGAGAUUGAUUUUUCGGACCUCCAAAUCAAGUCAAAUUUCGAUGUCAUGGAGCUGAAGGGUCUCCAUGAAGAAUUCUUGUCAUUAUCAACCGGCGAGAACGGAGGCAUCAAUGCAACAACAUUCAAGCAGUGCCUCGGACCUCUAGGGCUAGAAAAAAAUCUGAUUGUCGACCGCAUCUUCCAUUUUUUCGACCGUGACGAAGAUGGGAUAAUACGGUUCGAAGAGCUGGUUUUGGGACUGUCGGUUCUGUGCAAAGGCGGCUUUGACGAACGGUUGAAAUGGGCAUUCCGAGGCUAUGAUCUGGACAGCGACGGCUUCAUAUCGAGGGACGAGCUUCAUCAGAUGUUCAAAGCAUAUUUUAACCUCUCCAUGGAGCUCGUCCGCGAUGUGGUGAAAACCAUGGAGGAAGGGAUGAUGGAUUCGUUUGACGACGAAGGCACGAAACCAGUGUCAGCAGCGUUCGCGGGCCCAUCAGGGCGGCAUGUGGAGGACGACAACCCGGACGGGGAUGGACUUGGGGAGGGGAGAUCACCACAGAAGCUGAAAAAGCACUUUGAGGAGGACUCUUUCGACAUUCUGGCGAGGUUCGCUGCACCAGGAAGCAACAACCCACGGCGGCGGUCUCAUGUCUCCCCAUCACAAAAUCGCGGCUUUCGGCGACCAAGCAACGACCAAUCACCAACAUACGUCUCCCCAGCGUCUGACACGUUGUCAAGUAUAGACUCUCCAACAAGCGCCUCGAUCUCAGAACAGUGGCCGGUCAUGGAAGCCAUGUCGCAAAAUGCGAUACAGGAAAUGGUGGACAAGACUUUCGAGUUGGCGGGACUGGCGGCCACGGAUCCGCAGGGCCUGUCGUUUGAGGCUUUCGUGAAGGUGGUAGAAGCGGACAACAAUCUGCUUUCGUGGUUUGAGGCUCUCGGAAGUGUCUUUUGA